GGUGCGUGCGUGGUGGUGGGCGACGGAUCAGCUUUCUCUGCUAGUUCCCUCCUUAGCACUCCUUAGCCCCUGGAAUGCGACAGGGAGAGGCUCAGGGAGUUCAACAGGUGGGGACCUUUCUAGGGCCUCUUCCCUUCGCGGGAUGCUAUGGAGUUCCCAGAGCACAGUCAACAGCUGCUCCAGAGCCUCCGGGAGCAGCGUUCCCAGGGUUUCCUUUGUGACUGCACUGUGAUGGUGGGUAGCACCCAGUUCUUGGCCCAUCGGGCCGUACUGGCCUCCUGCAGCCCCUUCUUCCAGCUUUUCUACAAGGAGCGGGAACUGGAAAAGAGGGACCUGGUGUGCAUUCACAAUGAGAUUGUCACGGCACCAGCCUUUGGGCUCCUUCUGGACUUUAUGUAUGCAGGCCAGCUGGCUCUGUGGGGGGAUACCCCUGUGGAGGAUGUGCUGGCAGCUGCCAGCUACUUGCACAUGAAUGACAUUGUCAAGGUGUGUAAGUGGCGCCUGCAGGCCCGAGCCCUGGCAGAGGCAGACAGUACCAAGAAGGAGGAGGAGACCAGCUCACAACCCCCUAGUUUCGAGUUUUUGUCCAGCACCUCCCACGGCCUCCAGCCUUCGUUGGCAUCUGCUGAGACAUCGGGUAACUGGGGAAAAGGGGACUGGAAAGACCCUGCUGCUCCCUCACCUACUGUCCGUCCUCCAGAUGAGCCACCAGUGUCCGGUGGGGCUGACACUACACAGCCUGGCAUGGAAGUUGACUCACCACAACUCCGGGCACCUCCCCCGCCAGUGGCUGAUGUCACUCUUGCCAGCCCCAGUAGCUCCACAGAGAUCAUUCCUGCCAACUACUUCUCUUCUGGCCUCUCAACAGUUUCAGCAGAGCCCUUGGCUCCCCUUGAUGUGGGUCCUGAGAGUCUUAGGGUGGUGGAACCCAGGGGUACUGGAGGACCACUGCAAGGCUUCUAUCCCCCCGCUUCAGCUCCAGCCCCAGUCCCAGCCCCAGAUCCAUCCCAGCCUCCAGGCCCAGCUGAAGCUGAGUUGGUCCAGGUGAAAGUAGAAGCUAUUGUGAUUUCUGAUGAGGAGCCAGAUGUGUCAGAUGAGCAGCCUCGAGGUCCUGGGGAACUGUUCCCACCAGGAGGAGCAAUGUUUGGAGGACGGCCUCCCCAGCCAGAGGCUUUUGAGGAGUCAGGGGCAGCAGGACUGGAGGAGGUGGGGCCAAGUGACCAGUUCCUGCCCCCAGACCUUCACCUGCCCUACCAUCUGCUGCCAGGUCCAGGGCAGUAUCAUCGGGGGCUGGUGAUCUCGCCUUUGCCUGCCCCCCAAGCCCUGCAUGAGCCACUUUACUUGCCUUCCAAGUAUGAAGCAGCCCCAGGAAGCUUUGGCGUUUUUACGGAGGAUGUUCCCACUUGCAAGACGUGUGGUAAGACCUUCUCAUGCUCUUACACGCUGCGGCGACAUGCCACAGUGCACACACGUGAGCGACCCUACGAGUGCCGCUACUGCCUGCGCAGGUACACGCAGUCAGGGGACCUCUACCGCCACAUCCGCAAGGCCCACAACGAGGACCUGGCCAAGUGCAGCAAACCGGAUCCAGAGGCUGGCCCCCUUCUUGGGGGGCAGCCCCUCCCCAACUCCCCAACAGCAGACAGACAGAGUAGUGGUGGUGGAGGGCCACCCAAAGAUUUUGUACUUGGCCCCAAAAACUAACAUCU